AUGUCGAUGCAGCAAGACUUUGUUCACCCGCGUCAGCUGGAUGACAUGCGGGCCAUCCACGCCGCCAUCAACUCUUUCAGCGGUGUCAUGACGAAGAUGAUGGUGCUGAUGAAAGAGCUUGGCACCACGCUGGGGCACGUGAGCCACUCCUUCGAUGCACUCGCCUCUCUCACCUUUACCAAGGACGAGGUAAAGCAGUACGCGCGCAAAUGUGGUGGAGAGAUCAUCAGCAUGAAGGAAGGCAUCGCCUUUUGCGAAUACAACAAGCUCGUGCAUGAGGAUGUGCUGCACCCGGUUGAGCAGCUGAAAGAAUCGCUGAAGGAGGCGGAGCAGGCGGCGAAGGCGGAGAAGAGUGCCUUCGAGAAGUACAAAAAGGCGAAACAGCGCGUCGAUAAGCAGGAGAAGGCCUUUGCCGAGAAGAGCAAGCCCCUCGACACGAGUAAGUCGUAUCCCACGCACGUGCGGGCGCGGAAUAAGGCGCUUGUCUCGCUGCAGAACUGCAAUAACAAAUUCGAGGAAAGGUUCGUGAUGUUGACGAGCGACGUGGAGAGCGUGACAUCGACGGCACUCAGGCGCUACCUCGAACUCAACGCCGGCUACAUGACGUCUGUCGUGGAUGCGCUCACCAAGACGGACCCUACCGUAGAGGAGGCUGCUGUCUUCUACCGUCAAGAGAAGCAGGCGCACAGGCAGAGCGCUGUCGAGCAGUGCUGCUUGCAGGUGAAUUCGGAUCUGAGCACCGCUCAUGCCUCACAGGGGUACCGGUUCGACCCGAGCAGGAUGAAUGGCUGCCUGCACGACACAAUCAUCUUCAAGCGACUUCCAAGUAGGCUUCGGCACAGCACAGGCUCUCGAACACGGUCUCUCCGGGUCAACCGCCCCGCUGUCGAAUGA